CCCAUCCUCUUUAUUAAUGUCAAUAGCUAGUAAAAUUAAGAAGAAUGAGCAUUACAACAACAAUGAAUAGCAACAAAUCGGCAAUAAUGUUGAGUGCUACUGGAGAAAAUAUCGCUUAUCGCUCCUGAUCUGCUUAAUGGUGAUGAGCCGCCCUCUCCAGUUGAAAACUGUGCUGCGAGCUUUAACGUUGUGCGCGCUGUGUAAUGCUCGAAUAAUAAGAAGUCGGAAUAACUACAAACUAUUACGUUAAUAAAGUGUUACAACUGAAUUUAUUUAAAAAAAUAUUUAUAUGAAUUUUUAAAAUGCACUUGCAAAUUUAUAUGCGUUUUCUUGUGUUUCAAUUCAGCAUACUUGGCUGUUUCGCCAUAAACCAAUAUCAAAGCUACGAUGAUGUGCCCUCAAGCACGGAUCGAAAUUUCUACACAAAUUCACUACUGUGCAUGGAUAUUAAGCCUCAACACUCUGUGGAUAUAGGACAGAUCACCGGCAUGUGGUAUGGCAGCGAGAUCAUUAUUCAUACACAGGAUAUACCCGGUAUAUACGAGUAUGACAGUUGCGUAAUAAUUCAUCUAAAUGAUAUAACAGAACAGAUGCUCAAUCAUUAUAAUAAUCAACAAUACACUCAACAAUAUAAUCAACGACGUACACAAAACGGUCAACAACAACAACAGCAUAUACAAAACGCAAACAACGAACGCAACUCAGCACGCUACCUCCGACUAAUUUGGAGCGAAAGUGAAAAGAACCUGGAGUACAUGUUCAAUUACACGGAAAGAAGUCCAGGUCUAUGGACCAAUAUAGGGGAACAGCGGGGCUCACUAGUGGCGCUCAACUCCUAUAAUCAAUUUACAGGCACUGUGCAGGUGGUGAAAGCCGUUAAUGACCAUUUGGUAUUGACAUUUUGCGGCAACGAUUUGUCCAGUUCCAUUUACACGCUGGUCCUUAGUCGAACGGAAAAGGGUCUAAGUAUAGAGGAACUGCGUAGCAUUCGAAAUCUGCUGUCGAGACGCGGCUUACACACGGAGACGAUUCGAAAGGUGUGCAGUUCGGCGGCUUCGAGUCCGGCGAUAAUGCAUAUUUCUUUUUUAACACUACUUGGAGUAUUUGCUAUGCUUAAAUUCUAUUACUAAUUACUGAAAUCAUAAUUGAAUUCUAAGUAUUUUCGAAGUUUGAUAUCUCUCCCAUUCUUAGCGCCUAAAUUCAUGCAAUAAUCUUUAUACUUGUACAGCUAAUUGAUUUUAAAUACAUUUCCUAAAACCCAUUAACUAUAUGUUUUCGCUUUUUUUUAAUAGUAGCAGAUGUAUGUACAUAAGUACAUAUUUAUGUAUAUUUCUGUGUAUACAUACACACAUGCACACACUGACCACAACAUGAAUUUUUGACAGCAUACGAAGUCUUUUCGAAUUGUGGCCAAUUAAAUUCAAUUCAAUUAAAUUAGCUAUCGUAAACUCCAGUGUCAGACAGAGUAGGAAGCGAUGAGAAAGCAACUGAUCACAUACACACAUAUAAAUUACAACGAGAGAUGUGUGUAGGCGUAUGUUGCGUCUAAUUAAAUUAUUUGUGCAACUAAUUAAGUUAAGAUUACAACAACAACUACAUAACGCAGCAUUUAUUAAGUAAUACAAACAAUAAUUUCCUCUUACGUAAUCAAUGUGUGUGUGGAGCUUAACUGAGUGACGACAGAAAGUCUAGCGGUCACUAGUGGUAGUGAAAAAACUGUGUAUUUCAUAAUAUCUUAAUUGUGCGGAAUAAAGUUCAUAACCUGAAAAGAGUUCACGAAACUUGUAACAAUUUAGCUUUUGACCCAUAUCUGAGAGAUGUAACUAUCUAUAAGCCCGUCAAGAUAUGAAGUUAAUGUGGUUACUUAGCAAUUAAUAAGCAUCUAGGGUCUAAUGUUAAAUUUUUGAAUGGAUAAACUAAACACAUUGAGAAAACAUACUGUUUCUUACUGAAAAUAAUUAAAUUAUGCUUUUAUAUUUCACACACUCUUAUCGACAAAUAAGUAUCUAGCUAAACUUUUCUUCAUAUGAACAAAUAUUUUUCUAUUGAGAAGCAUCUAAUUUAUGUAUUGGGCUUAAUUUUCUUGUGGUACAACGUCUUUAUUAAUGAAUCCUAAAUAUAGACAGAAUUGCAGAUAACCUUGCCGCCACUGUACUAUGCUUCUGGCCUAAGGCUAUGAUCAUAGUCAGGCAGCAUAUAAGAAGCGAUGUGCCGCAUAAAAAUAAAAGCUAUUACGAUUCAAUUCGGAAAUUAAUUACACACGAAAUGAAGUUCGUCCAUUCAAGUUUGAAGAAAGCCUAAGAGAACCGGUUUAUUGGUUUUAUUCCCAAUUAAGUAAUAAAACUUGAAUAUAAAUACAUAUGUACAUAUGAUUAAGAGUGAUAUAAGUAAAUUAUAAUAAAUUCAGAUAUAAAACCAUUUAAUAUAAACGAGAAACAAAUGACAGGGUUGAAUAAUUUCUAAUAACUGUAAAUUUAUAAAAUAAACAAUUCUCUUCCAUCAAUUAAAAAAAUA